AUGUACCCUUUAGUGGCGGACAAAUCUCGGUGCCCAAACAGAGGCGAAGAGGUUCAGAAAUCUCGAAUGACGAGACAUGGAAAGAAGCUUUUCGGGCUUUGUUCCAAGAUGCUCUCGCCUUUGGUCUCUCCUAUUUGCUCUAAUUCUUCGUCUUCAUCCGAAGUCGCCUCCGUGAUUCAUUGUCAAAGAUUUUCGGAAUCGAUGAUUGAUCGGAGUUUGCAGUCCGCUGCAGAAAUUAUCACGAAAUGGAGCAUCGAGUCGUUAGCUUAUGCUGAAGUGACGUCGAUGUUUAACCAAAGCAAGGAGGAAGGUUUGCGAUUCAUUCGAUGUGUGAACGAACUUCAGAAGGUUAUGUAUCUCUUGGCCUCGGAGAAACUUGAAUAUUCUCAAAGUUUGAUGCAGAUUGCUAUGAAGCGACUUCAGGUUGAAUUUUAUCGGAUUCUUUCCGUGAAACGCGAACCGAUGGAUGUAGAAUCGAGUUUAGAUCGAGUUCUUGUGGCGGAUCUGAGAGCUAUAGCUGUGUGUAUGAUCUCGUCUGGUUAUGCUAAAGAAUGUGCUGAAAUAUACGGAAAUGUUCGCAAAUCUGUUGUGGACGAAGCGAUAUAUCGUCUAGGUAUUGUUAAAAUUUCGUCGCAAAUCCGUAAAAUGGAUUCGGAGGCAGUCGAUUUCAGAAUCAAGGAGUGGUUAGAAGCUGUGAAUACUGCUAUUACAACGAUUUUCAAUGCGGAACGAGAGUUGUGUGAUUUCGUAUUCGCAAUUUCUGAAUCCGUUAGCGAAUCUUGUUUCACUAAAGCGUGCAAAGAUGGUGCUAUGCUUCUAUUUGCAUUUCCGGAAGUCAUCUUGAAGAGCAAGAAAUCGCAAAAGAAUGUGUUCUACUUACUCGAUAUGUUCACUGCUAUAAUCGAGAACUGGCAGAGAAUCGAAUCGAUCUUUUCGUUUGAAUCUACUGAAUUAAUUCGAUCACAAGCCAUCGCCUCGCUCAGCGUUCUUACUGGAUCAAUCUCCACAAUGCUCUCAGAUUACGAAUCGUUCGUACAAAAUGACUCCUCGAAUUCGCUUUCUGUCGACGGAGGAAUACACACCUUAGCUCUCCGAUCGAUGGACUGCCUCUCUCUCCUCGCCGAGUACCGAAAGAUUCUCAACAUAAUUUUCUCCUGGUGGCCGCCGCCGUGGAAAUCGUCUCUUCCAGCCGAUUCUUGUUCCAAUACUCCAGAUUCCGACAGUUCUCCAGUUUCAUCGGUCUCUUCAUACAUGGAGCGGAUAAUCUUCAUCCUCCUCUGCAAGCUCGACAGCAAAGCAAGACAGUGCGACGACAUUUCGCUCUCAUACCUCUUCUUAGCCAACAAUAUCCGUUUCAUCGUUUGGCAAGUCCAAAGCUCCAAGCUCCAUCAUCUUCUCGGAGACGAAUGGAUCGCGAAGCACAAAGCCAAAGGAAAACAGUACAUCGACAACUACGAGCGCUUGGCAUGGGGAAAGGUAAUCUCGACGCUGCCAGCAAAUCCGAUGGCCGCUCUUACAACGGCGGAAGUGGCGGAGGUUUACGAUAAUUUCAGUUCCAGUUUCAAAGAAGCAUACCAGAAACAGAGAUCAAGCAUCAUACCGGACCCGAAGCUUCGAUUCGAAAUCUUGGCGAUAGCGAAAAGCUGGUUGCCGAAGUACCGAGAAUUCUACCAUGCGCACAGAUUUCCGGUGGGGCAGGAGGUAAUUGCUAGAUUGACCCCUGAGGAUGUAGAUAAUUACUUAUCGUACCUUUUUUUUCCACAGACUGAUGGCUGA